UCAACUAGACAGGCCUGCUGUCUGUGCUUCCGGGUUCAUUCUGCAUUUUUGUUUCUCCAAACUCUGCAUCUUUCUCAAAGUUGGGAGAGUGUGGCUUGUGCUCGGCGUUCGACAUGGAGGAACUUCUGUCAUUCACAGACGUGGCCAUUAAUUUCUCUGCAGAGGAGUGUGAAUGCCUGGAGCCUGCUCAGUGGAAUCUUUACAAGGAAGUGAUGCUGGAGAAUUACAGCAACCUUGUGUUCCUGGGUCUUGUUUUGUCUAAGCCAUAUCUGGUCACAUUUCUGGAGCAAAAUACAGAGCCUUGGAUUGUGAAGAGAAAAGCACCAGCUGCCAGUCAUCCAGGAUCAAAACCCCAUAAAUGUAAAGAAUGUGGGAAGGCCUUUGAUAGAAAUUCAGUCCUUAUUCAACACCAGAGAAUUCAUACUGGAGAGAGACCUUAUACAUGUGAAGAAUGUGGUAAAUCUUUUAACUAUUCUUUCAGCCUUAAACAGCACCAAAGCAUUCAUUCAGGAGAGAAACCCUUCAAAUGUGAAGCAUGUGGCAAAGCUUUUAGCUGUUCUUCGUAUCUGGGUAAGCAUCAAAGAAUCCAUACUGGAGAGAAACGCUACAGAUGUGAAGAAUGUGGUAAACCUUUUACUAAUUGUUCAGGCCUUGUUGUUCACCGAAGAGUUCACACGGGAGAGAAACCCUACAAAUGUGAAGUAUGUGGCAAGGCCUUUAACUCUUCUUCAAACCUUAAACAUCAUUGGAGACUUCAUACUGGAGAGAAGCCCUACAAAUGUGAACAAUGUGGCAAAGCCUUUAAAAAUUGUUCAGGCUUUACUCGGCACUACAGAACUCAUACAGGAAAGAAACCUUAUAAAUGUAAAGAAUGUGGCAAGGCCUUCGCUAAGAACUCAAUUCUGACUAAUCAUCUGAGAAUUCACACCGGAGAGAAACCCUACAAGUGUGAUAAAUGUGCCAAGGCCUUUUCUGUGCCUUCCACACUUAUUAACCACCAUAAUAUUCAUACUGGAGAGAAACCCUAUGGGUGUGAAGUAUGUGGCAAAAAGUUUUCUAGUCCUGCAGACUUUAAAAAACACCAAAGAGUUCACACUGGAGAGAAACCUUACAAAUGUGAGGUAUGUGAAAAACCCUUCAGUAAUCUUUCAGCCCUUAGUAGACACAGAGUUGUUCAUACUGGAGAGAAAUGUUACACCUGUGAAAAAUAUGGCAAAGCCUAUAAUAGGAGUUACCACCUUAAUCGACACAAGCAGGUACAAACUGGACAGAAAUCCCACAAGUGCAAAGAAUGUGGCAAAAUGUUUUACUAUGCUUCGGGCCUUAAAGGACAUCAAAGAAUUCAUUCUGAAGAGAGACCCUAUGAGUGUGAGGAAUGUGGCAAAACCUUUCCCUGUCCUUUAGAUGUUACUCAACAUGUGAGAACCCAUAAGAGAAUGAAGCAGUACACCUGUGAAAGAUGUGGCCAGUGCUUUACUGUUCAAACAACAUUUUCCAAUCUCUGUAAAAUUCGUCUUGAGGGAAAACCAUCUGAGUGUGAAGAAUGUCAAAAGAGCUUUUAAAGGCUCUUAGUAAAACACACAAAGUGCUCAGACAACUACCUGCAAAUGUGAAAGAUGCGGCCACUGUUUUGUGUGUCAUUUACUUGUUGCUCAACCUCACACAGUUCACACCUGAGAGAAACCCUACGUGUGUGCAGAGACCAGAGUUUAGCUGUUCCUGUGUCUCGUGUCUAAGCAUUGGAAAGUCCAUUCUGAUGAGGGAGCCUACAAAAGCAAUCAGUUUGGCAAGUUCUCUACCUGUUCCUUGCACCUUAAUUAUCGCCCCUUCAUACUGCAGACACACUCUGCAUGUACAAACAUGGUACCAAAGCCUUCAUACUGCAGACACACUCUGCAUGUACAAACAUGGUACCAAAGCCUUGAAUAAUACUCCAUCUUCAUCCACACCAAAGAACUGACAUAGGUGGAGAAACUCUGCAGAUGUCCUUGUUAGCAUAAGGGUCAACUUCACAUAUCAUUAUCUGAGGUACUUUCAGCUAGGUAUUCGACUGGAUUGGAUUAGCCUAUAGGCAUGUCUUUGGGGAUAUUUUCUUGUUUGUUAAGUGAUGUACAAGAGUCAUCAAGGAUAAAGAGUGACACCACAGGGCAAGUGUUCAAGGCUAUAUGAAAGUUCUUGGUGAGCACAAGUAUGAUGGAACAAGGAAGUAGCAGUCCUCUAUGGCAGUGGUUUUCAGUCUUCCUGUACUGUGACCCUUUAGUACAGUUCCACAUGUUUAAUACAGUUCCAUAAACGUUUUUCAUUGCUACUGUGUAACUGUAAUUUUGCUAGUUAUGCUUUGUAAUGUAAAUGUCUGAUCUGCAGAUGGUCUCAGGUGACCCCUGUGAAAGGAUGGCCCGACCCUACUCUGGCUUCUGCCUUAGCUGCUGCUCUGGCCUCCCUGGAUGAUGAACUCUAACCUUUAAGCUGAAACAAAGCUCUCUUCCCCUGAGUUGUUUGUGCUCAUGGCAUUGGCCAUGGGAAGAGAAAGCAAUGACUGGGGGGGCUUUCACUCUUCUGUCUUCUUCUUCUGUCAUCAGAGGGGAGUUGAUGUCACACAGCCUGUAGAUUUUUUCAACCUUCACUGGCCACUGGAGCAUUCCCAUUGGAGAAAAGCCCUAUUUAUGGAAAGAAUAUGACAAGGUUUUUAAAACUGUGCUUAAUUAAACAUAUUAGAGGAAGACAUUAUAAGACAGAAAGACAUUACAUGUUCUGGGAUUUGCUGAUACUGGAAAGGAACUUUAUGAAAGUUACUGGAUAGCUAUUGAACAGAUUCUGAUCUCCUACAAUGUUUUCAAUUUAUGUGGAAGAGAAACCCUUCAAAUUUUAAGUGUUUAGAGAAAUUGUUUAUUCUUCGUAUAUCAGAGAGUUUGUUUUGUUGAGAAACCAUUAUAUAAUGACACACCUCCUCCAACAAGGCCACAUCUCCUAAUCUUUUUUAUACAGUCUACCAACUGAUAACCAAAUGUUCAAAUAUAUAUAUGAGCCUAUGGAUUUAUCCUUAU